AUGCCUAAUAUCCUCAUUGUCAAUGACAAUGCCUCCUUCGCUUCAAGCGAUACCUUCUCUACUCGAGAUUCGAUAGAGCAAUCACGCCACUCACUCCGUCGAAGAAACACAGUUUCCCAGCUUACAAGAAAGGUCUCUAAGAGAAUAUCUCAAAAAAUCCUCAAGGCCGGAGCUCAAGAACAUGUGCUGAGCGCAAGGAAUCUCAAAGAUCUCAACGACGCAGCAGAUAUUGAUCCACACAACCUAUGCUCGCCAGCUCAUCAAGUUCACGACGUUAAGAUAUACGACCCUAUUCACGAGAUCAUUGAGGAGGAAUGCCCUAUAUUUGAUGUGGAAGCAGCCAGAGAGAUGCGUCUUCAUCAGUCGUACGCAACCUUCUGUCAAAACUUCACGCUAUCGGGGACAACAAGCAGGAGUAGGAAGUUCGAUUUAUCAAUGGGAACGGAGGGGGCAGAUGAACAUACACAAUCCUCUCACACGGAUCUGACUCUCAAAAACAACGACACAUCGGAAUUUUCGGGUUCUCAUGCCUCUCCCGAGCACAUAACGGUCCAUUCAAGGCCCAGACCAAAUACAGUCACAUUCCCAAUAUCAUACCCAUCUACGGAUCUUGAUGAUACACCCAUACCACACUCAGCAACUGUCAAAAAUACCUCUUCGGAACUUCCAGUCACAGAAACAUCAAAAGUCGACGACGACUUUGACAGAAUCAGUUCAAGUUUCGAGAUAACGCCCAGCUCCAACUACCCCCAACCACCACCUCGCAUUAUCACCCCGACUGUCUGGAUGGACAUGCAGCGCAACGAGCGAGAACGCAAAGCAGCUCGACGGCAAAGACUUUUAAACCCGUUUCGGUCAUGGUUCAUGACAAGCCAGCCCUUGUCGGGGCAGAGAUAUGAAGUUGGUAAAUAG